CUUCAUUGUCUUGCUUUCUUCUUUGGCUUGUCUAUCAAAACAAGAUCCCUCCACCGCAAUUUUCUGCUUCAAAACAACACCAACCCUCUAGAUUUCAUGCAACUUACAAUAUUUUCUUUGAAAAGACCGUCCGUUUUUCUCCUAUUUAAGCCUUUGGCUGCCCAUUUCUUAGUUCCAAAUUUUCCACAUCAACAGAUGGCUGCUUUUUGUCCUAUAGUUUCUUAUCAUGUUAACUGUUCUUGUUCUGGAUAUAAGCAGCAGCUGAGAUAUGGGGGGAGUCGGAGAAUUGGUAAAGUUGAUUUGUUGGGCAAAACGGCUAGAGUUGCAGGCACUUCAAUGGCUUCUGUUUUUGCAGAAGAAAAUUACAAGACAGAAGUUCAAGUUCGGCAGAAUAUUCCUACAGGGAAGAAGUUUGUGGAUCAUCAUCGUCAAGGACGAAUCGUUGAUGAAGGAGUUGGAUACAGACAAACUAUUGUUAUUCGAUCUUAUGAAGUUGGCCCUGAUAAAACUGCAACUCUUGAGAGCCUCUUUAAUCUUUUCCAGGAAACAGCAUUGAAUCAUGUAUGGAUGUCAGGACUUCUAAGCAAUGGAUUUGGAGCUACACAUGGGAUGAUGAGGAACAAUCUCAUAUGGGUUGUCUCAAGAAUGCAAGUUCAAGUUGACCAUUAUCCAGUUUGGGGAGAGGUAGUAGAGAUAGACACAUGGGUUGGUGCAUCCGGAAAGAAUGGAAUGCGUCGAGACUGGCUGAUCCGAAGUCAAGCCACAGGACACAUUUUCGCUCGUGCUACAAGUACUUGGGUGAUGAUGAACGAGGACACAAGGCGCCUCUCGAAAAUGCCAGAAGUGGUUCGAGCUGAGAUCUCACCUUGGUUUAUAGAUAAGUGUGCAAUCAAAGAAGAUGUUCCUGAGAAAAUCCUCAAGCUGGAUGGUAACGCAAAACAUGUAAACUCUGACUUGCAGCCUAAGAGAACUGAUCUGGACAUGAACAAUCAUGUCAACAAUGUCAAGUAUGUCCGAUGGAUGCUCGAGACCAUCCCAGACCAGUUCCAGGAGCUAUCUGGUAUUAUACUAGAAUAUAGAAGGGAAUGUGGAGGUUCAGAUAAAGUUCAAGCUCUUUGCCAACCUGAUGAAGAUGGGGUUCUCAAAGAAGGGGUGAAACAAGACACUGGUAUCACUCUACUAAAUGGGUUUUCUCUGGCAUCUGAAAUCAUCAACGGCGCUGGACUUAUCGGAUCCUUUGAAAAGGGGUCAUUGACAUAUACACACCUUCUCCAGACUGAAAAUGAAGAGAUUGUUAGAGGAAGAACAACCUGGCAAAAGAAGCUGCCACCCAUGCUAUUUUCUACUUAGCAUUUAAUGAAAGAAAUUACUACAAGGUAUAGAGCAAGCACGGUUGUCCAUAAUGAUGUGCCCUGAAAUAAUUUUAUCUCUAAGGGCACAAAUUGAUUUGCCAUCCAGAAAUUUUUCAGGGUUCUGCUCCAGGUUCCUGGAAAGCUCAAGAAAGACUGAAAUAAAGGUGCCAGAAGACAAGAACAGCCAUGGAUUGUCGCCAAAACAAGUGGGUCAAAUAUCUGCGGCGGUGAUUGUGAGAAAUGACUCUAAAUGAGAAGUUCUAGCAGUUACCGUUGCUUCAGUGUCUGCAAGCUUGUAUAUCACAAAAAUUAUUUGUCGAAAUAAGUCAAGCUCACGCAAAACUCUAAAGAAGUUUCCUACAGCAGUUAGCCUGAUGAAAUGUCUGUGAACAUGAAUAAAAUGCGAACAAAUAGGGACCAUAUUGGGUUCUUCAUCAAGUA